AUGACUUCCAACGCGGACAAUGCCAUGGCUCGGUUUCUCUUUGCCAUUCUCAAGCAAAAGAACCUGAAGGAUAUCGACUGGAACCUUGUUGCCAACGACCCCGUUCUCCUGCAGCCCAUUACGAAUGGCCAUGCCGCCAGAAUGAGAUACUCUCGCUUCCGCUCCACGAUUACUGGUCACGAGCCCACUAAGAGGCGCAGCUCGGGCGAAAAGUUGAGCAAGGUCUCGAAGUCUUCUUCUUCUUCUUCUUCCCGCAGGGACUCCCACACCAAGAAAGACAUCAUCGUCAAGUCAGAGUCGAGCGUCAGCUUGGCAUCGUAUCCUCAGUUCACCCCAGACGUCUCCCCGUACAUGGGCGACCUUGGCGACGACUUCGACAACCCGCGAUUCAUGACUCCUUGCAGCGACGACAUGACCCAGCCCCUGUCUCUCAAUCCGUCGGCGAUCCAUCAAAUCCCGCAGCAUCCCGGCUACAGCCUCGAUGCGAGCCCCGACUUUCUGAAGCAGGAGCCUGGCCUCGAGGGCUCUCCCGACUUUUCUGCCUUUGAAGCUGCCAUCGACCUGAGCAGCUUCGGGCCUGGCGGCACCUUUGAUCUCUCCAGUCAGAACGAUCUCAGUGCCACCCAGUCUCUCUGGAACGAUCACUUCCAAGACGGACACUUUUAA